AUGCGAGGGGUGCUGCCGGAGCGGCGCCCGGAGCUGCGGACGCUGUCGGUGCAGACGGGCAUGGAGCUGCUGCAGCUGCUGCUGCAGGAGGCGCGGCCGGCGGGCAGAGGCGGCACGCUGGCGGCGGCGGUCGCCGGGGCGAGUGCGGGGGCGGGUGGCCGGGCGCCGCUGCAGGCCACGCAGUGGAGAGAGCUCGACCCACGGGCCCUCAUGGAGGACGCCGCCACGGAUCACGUGCCCAACGGAGCAGGUGAGCAGUUGCCCGACGGCGAGUUGCAGACUCGUAGCAUUCGAAGGAAUAAUUGUCUUGUAUAA